ACGAGGGAGGUGGAGGUUGCGGCGGGUUUGAAAGCGGCAGUUUCCUGGCAGCUUGGGCAGGCGUUGGUCUCUGAGCUCCAGCUCCACGGCAGCGGCCGGGAUCGAUCCAGCGAGGGGUGUACGCGUGAUUCUGCGCGCCCCCACGGGUUUUUCCCGUCCGGGCUCUUCCCCCUUGACCUCCCCGCCCCCCGGCCUCAGCCUUUCCCGCCGCUGGGCGCGGAGCCCGGGGGCCAGCGGUCGCCUGUGACCCCGCCUGAAACCCCUCCGGAGCCGCCUGGGGACAAUUCCCUUCUCCUUUCUGCAGUCUAACCUGGGCUAGCCCUCCCGGAUCCCGGCCGACCCCGAGGAGCAGCGCAGCCGCGAGGGUGCCUGAGGGGCGUCUUGGGGCUUGGAGUGGCCCGGCCCCCAGCGGGCUGUGGUCGAGGGGGCGCGGGCGCGGCGAGGCCCCCCCCCUCGCCGGGCUGCGUGGGCCGCCCGGGCCCCCGCUGCCCGCGCGGGGUCUCCUCCAUGGUGCAGCGGGGUUCGGGAUGUCGAAGACACUGAAGAAGAAGAAGCACUGGCUCAGCAAGGUGCAGGAGUGCACGGUGUCCUGGGCCGGGCCCCCGGGCGACUUGGGCGUGGAGAUCCGGGGCGGCGCGGAGCGCGGCGAGUUCCCCUACCUGGGGCGGCUUCGCGAGGAGCCCGGCGGCGGGGGCACCUGCUGCGUCGUCUCGGGCAAAGCGCCCGGCGCCGGCGAUGUGCUGCUGGAGGUGAACGGGACUCCUGUCAGCGGGCUCACCCACCGGGACACCCUGGCUGUCAUCCGCCACUUCCGCGAGCCCAUCCGCCUCAAGACCGUGAAGCCCGGCAAAGUCAUUAAUAAAGAUUUGCGACAUUACCUGAGCCUUCAGUUUCAGAAAGGAUCGAUUGACCACAAACUGCAGCAAGUGAUCAGAGAUAACCUCUACCUGAGAACCAUCCCGUGCACCACAAGGGCCCCCAGGGAUGGGGAAGUGCCAGGGGUCGACUAUAAUUUCAUUUCUGUUGAGCAGUUCAAAGCCCUGGAAGAGAGUGGAGCAUUAUUAGAAAGUGGAACGUAUGAUGGAAACUUCUACGGCACUCCCAAGCCUCCAGCAGAGCCCAGCCCCUUCCAGCCCGACCCUGUGGAUCAGGUCCUCUUUGACAAUGAGUUUGACGCCGAAUCCCAAAGAAAACGAACUACAUCUGUCAGCAAGAUGGAAAGAAUGGACAGCUCUCUUCCUGAAGAGGAGGAAGAUGAGGACAAGGAAGCUGUUAACGGCACUGGCACCGCAGAACACAGGGAGAGGCAUUCCGAGCCAUCCGACUGGGCGAGGACCGUCCCGAGUUACAGCCAAACCAGCAGCGCCAUGGACUUCCGGAACUACACGAUGAGAGAGGAGACCCUGGAGCCGCUGCCCAAAAACUGGGAGAUGGCCUACACGGACGCGGGGAUGAUCUACUUCAUCGACCACAACACCAAAACCACCACCUGGUUGGAUCCUCGUCUCUGUAAGAAAGCGAAAGCCCCCGAGGACUGUGAAGACGGAGAACUUCCUUAUGGCUGGGAGAAAAUAGAGGACCCUCAGUACGGGACGUACUAUGUCGAUCACCUUAACCAGAAAACCCAGUUUGAAAAUCCAGUGGAGGAAGCCAAGAGGAAAAAGCAGUCAGGACAGCCUGAUGUGGGGUCUUCAAAACCAGACAUGGAGAAGCCCCACUUCACCCGAGACCCGGCCCAGCUGAAGGGCAUCCUGGUGCGCGCGGCGCUGAGGAAAAGCGCGAUGGGCUUCGGCUUCACCAUCAUCGGCGGGGACAGGCCCGACGAGUUCCUGCAGGUGAAGAACGUGCUGAAAGACGGGCCUGCCGCUCAGGACGGGAAGAUCGCACCAGGCGACGUCAUUGUAGAUAUCAACGGCAACUGUGUCCUUGGCCACACCCACGCAGAUGUCGUCCAGAUGUUUCAGCUGGUGCCUGUCAAUCAGUACGUGAACCUCACCUUGUGUCGUGGUUACCCGCUGCCGGACGACAGUGAAGACCCUGUCGUGGACAUGGUGGCCGCUACCCCUGUCGUCAACGGGCAGUCAGCCGCCAGGGGAGACACUGGCGGGAGCACUCAGGACUUCAGGUCGGGAGCCCUGGUCCUGGACCAGAACGGGAAGUCGGGACAGCCCCUGGCCAGCGACCGCCUCAAUGGGCCGUCGGAUCCGAGCGAGCAGAGGGCGUCCACGGCGUCGUCGGGCAGCUCGCAGCCGGACCUCGUGACUGUGCCUCUGGUCAAGGGCCCCAAGGGCUUCGGGUUCGCCAUCGCGGACAGCCCCUCGGGACAGAAGGUGAAGAUGAUCCUGGACAGUCAGUGGUGUCCGGGCCUCCGGAAGGGGGACAUAAUUAAGGAAAUCUACCACCAGAACGUGCAGAGUUUGACCCACCUGCAGGUGGUGGAGGUGCUGAAGCAGUUUCCGGUGGGGGCGGACGUGCCCUUGCUCAUCCUGAGAGGAGGUCCUCCUUCACCAACGAAAACUACCAAAAUGAAAGCAGAUAAAAAGGACAAUUCAGGAAGUCUGGAGGCCAUAAAUGAGCCCAUGCCCCAGCCGAUGCCUUUCCCGCCCAGCAUUAUCAGGUCAGGAUCCCCGAAACUGGAUCCCUCUGAGGUCUACCUGAAAUCUAAGACUUUGUAUGAAGAUAAACCGCCAAACACCAAAGAUUUGGACGUUUUUCUUCGGAAGCAGGAGUCGGGGUUUGGCUUCAGGGUGCUGGGCGGAGACGGACCCGACCAAUCUAUAUACAUCGGGGCCAUCGUCCCCCUGGGCGCCGCUGAGAAGGACGGCCGGCUGCGUGCGGCCGACGAGCUGAUGUGCAUCGACGGCAUUCCCGUCAAGGGGAAGUCCCACAAGCAAGUGCUGGACCUGAUGACCACCGCCGCCCGCAACGGCCACGUGCUGCUCACCGUGCGCAGGAAGAUCUUCUGUGGCGAGAAACAACCUGAGGAUGACAGCUCCCAAGCCUUUGUUCCAACACAGAACGGGUCUCCCCGCCUGAGCCGAGCGGAAGCGGCAGCCCGGCCUGCGCCCCAGGAGGCCUACGAUGUCGUCCUGCAGCGGAAGGAGAAGGAAGGGUUCGGCUUCGUCAUCCUCACCUCCAAAAACAAGCCGCCUCCGGGAGUCAUUCCCCAUAAAAUCGGCCGAGUCAUAGACGGAAGCCCCGCCGACCGCUGUGGGAAGCUCAAGGUCGGAGACCUCAUCUCCGCAGUGAACGGGCAGUCCAUCGUCGACCUGUCCCACGACGGCAUCGUGCAGCUGAUCAAGGACGCCGGCGUCACCGUCACCCUGACGGUCAUUCCCGAAGAAGCAGAGCACCACGGCCCGCCGUCGGGAACCAACUCAGCCAGGCAGAGCCCAGCCCUGCAGCACAGGCCGGUGGGACAGUCUCAGGCCAACCACAUGCCUGGGGACAGAAGUGCCCUGGAAGGCGAGCUGGGGAAAGACGCCCCCGCUUCCUACCGACACUCGUGGUCCGACCACAAGCACCUCGCCCAGCCGGACACUGCGGUCAUCUCCGUGGUUGGCGGGCGGCACAGUCAGAGCCUGGGCUGCUACCCGGUGGAGCUGGAGAGGGGCCCCCGGGGCUUCGGGUUCAGCCUCCGAGGGGGCAAGGAGUACAACAUGGGGCUGUUCAUCCUGCGCCUGGCCGAGGACGGGCCCGCCCUCAAGGACGGCCGGAUCCACGUGGGCGACCAGAUUGUGGAAAUCAACGGAGAACCCACCCAAGGCAUCACACACACCCGCGCAAUCGAGCUCAUUCAGGCCGGUGGGAAUAAAGUUCUUCUUCUUCUGAGGCCAGGAACUGGCUUGAUACCCGACCACGGUCACUGGGAUAUCACUCAACCCUCAUCUUCAAACGUGAUUUACGACGAACAGCCACCGUUUCCCCCCCCUUCUCACUCUGCGUCCGUGUGUGAGGAGCCGCCCCGCGUGCCAGGAACCGAGGAAGCCUCCGCCAGAGCGCGGGUGUGUGAAAAGGCGGAAGAAUUCAAGGACGUGGGGCCUGAAAAGAAGGGCACUUUAAACCAGUCUGAGAUGAAGCGCCAGCCUCUUCUGCAGAAAGAUGGGAGUAAAAGGGAUGCCCCCGGCAGCCACGGGCACAGUGACAAGAAGCAUCUCUUACAAGUAGAAAACGGUGUUGCCCAAAGAGGCAGGUCCGCUAGUCCCAAAAAGUCAGCCGGUCGCUACACAGAGGAACAUUUAGAAAAGACUCCAGGCCCUCCCAAAAACGACCCCAAAAGGAGACCCCGAGAGCGCUCGCCCAGCCCUAGGAAAGGGGAGGCGAAGAGCUGCCCGGGCAGCGCUGCGGCGGGCUCCGGCCAGGGUCGCGCCAGCAGGGGCCGGGGACGCUCCUCCAGCCCAAAGAAGCAGCCGAGAGCGGAAGGGUGGCAGGACCAGCAGGACCAGCCCAACGCUGAAGCCGCAGCCCCCGAGGUGGAGGGCCGACGGGCCCCGGGGGGCGGGGCUCGUGGGGGUGCCCAGCAGACAGCGGACGGGAGGGGACGGCCGGGUGUCGGCAGGAAAGACACAAAGCAGAGGCCGCGGUCCCCGGAGGAGAAGAGCAAGCGAAUGGAUGAGAGGUCCCCGGCGAGUAACUUCGUGAGCAGAGGAGCACCCGAAAGUGAAAAGGGAAAGAGGGCCCCCUUAGGAGAGACGAGCAGAGAGCGAGCGGCCCCGAACGCACUCGAAGCCGACCAGGGAGAAGGCGAGGUGGCCGACAGGAGCCGGGAGCGUGGCGGCGGCGGGGCGCAGCCCGAGCGGGGCUCUCCGGCCAGGAAGCCGCCCAUCACCCCGGGGCCCUGGAAGGUGCCCAGCGCCGGCAGGGCCUCGGGCGUGACUGGGGUGGUGGAGAAACGGCAGUGAUUCUCAGUAGAAAACGAAGGAAAACAGGUCGUGACCUCUCCUUACAAAAAAGAAAAAGCGACGUUUCCCCCCAGAAAUUCGGAAAUACAUUUUGAUUAUCAAGUUCCCGAGGCUGCAGGCAGGGCCUUCAGGUUCGCAGAGCAGCCCCGGUCCCCAGCCAGCUGCCCUCCGUCACCCUCACCCGACACGCCCAGCCCGUCCUCCGGGUGUCGGGACAAAUGAAGGACGUCGAUGUGAACAGUGUGGUCACAAAGGACUCUAGCUGUGCCAAGGCACCUGCUGCAUCAUGUCUGUUACCCUCCCCACUCAGCUGUUUCCACGGUAACGAGAAAAUGACGCUGGGCUUGGAAGUCGACCUUCUCAGUAGCAUGUUGCAUGUUUACGGAGAGAACUACUUGAGUCCCCGCAGGAGGAGAGGAACUCACCCUUGGGGGGGCGGGGUCCCUUCCCGCAGCUCCAGGCGAAGUCCCGUUUAAAGCCGCCACACCCCAGACCUCUCCACUGCAGAGAAAAACAGGUAGUCAAAUAUUGACAGUUCCGGUCUUGUAUUUUAACUCAGCUGGGCAAGGUAUUUCAAAUAACUGUUACAGAGCUUACUUACAAUUGAGUGUUGGAAAAGGAGGAAGUAUAAUUUGUUAAGCAAUUAAGUUCACCUCCUGCCGGGUGACCCAGCCCCGAUGUCCUCAGAGCAGCUCAUGUGGAAAUAGUGCGUGUUGCUAUUUGAAGAAAAACUACCAAAUUCCUAUUUCUGGCUAUUUUGGUUGUACCUGCUAAGUCAUUCGUUGUUAAUACAUGUUUUAAGAGCCAAAAUAUUAUGCGGACUGUGUGAGGGACUUAACUUGUGUGACCGGUUUCACAGUCUACCGCCCGGCCGCUCUGGUCGCAGGCGGACGGGCCCGGAGGGGACGCAGACCCUGCAGGUGAGGCCAGGCAUGGGGACGGGCAGCACUGGCCAGAUCUUCGUUUUCUAGCUACGUUAACUUUCUUUGUUAAAAACAAGAAAGGACACCCCUGGAGUGUGACUGCAGUUUAAGAGGCUGCGACUACACAUAAAAUACACUUUAAUGAACACAUCAGCGACAAAGGGUGGUUUUGGACAAGGUACGGGGAGAAGGAAGCGGUCCCCAGGCCGCUCCUGGUCCGUGGUGGUCCGCCAGCGGUGGGGCGUGGCCAGAGUCCCCCAGUGCUUUCUCAAAGUCACCUGGAAGGUGGAGACGGUGUUCCACUCCGCAAAACAGACCCAGGUUUUUCAGUCUCCUGAGGCAGCAUUCAGCAGCAUCUAGAAAUCCAGGAACUCUCGGAGUGAAACCAGUUUAGGGAGCACUGGACCACACUUGUUCUGUCGCCCUGGUUCCACCCUGCUCCUGGGCCGCGUGCCGGGGCCCUUCCUCGCGGAGUCUGACCGUGAAACUCGCUGGCAGGAGCCCGGGUCAGCCCCUGUAGGUAGAGACGAGCCGCCCCGUCCUGUGCUCCCCCACCUGUAACUACUUGAAUAGAGCAAAGUUAGAAGGCUUGGUAAAUGCUAGGAGUUUAUUACCACAGAAGUGAUUUAUUUCCCCUAUAGACCACAAUUAGUGAUAAAAAUCCUAUUUUUAUUGUUAACUGUGACGCAACUUGGCUGUCAUAUGUUGUCGGUCUGAUGUGGCUCUUUCCUUUCCAAGUCCCCUGUCACUGUCUUGACUGAAUACUGACUGAGCAACGCGGCCUUGGAACGCUGAGCAGACAUGGAUGUCCUGGUUGUAAAUGUUUGUACAUUGUACAGCACCUUUAUAUACACACUCGAGUUCUGAUUAGAGAGAGAGAUCUGUAAAUUGCUCGUUAUUUUUUAUAUAGAUAUUAAAGAAACAAAAACCAAA